CCGAGCCGGAGCGCGAGCGGGACCCGCCGACCCCGGGGCCGGCGCCGCGCUGCUGAGCCGAGAGCCGCCCGGCCGCGGGGACUCGGCGACGCCGACAGCAGCUUGGAACCCCGAGCUUUGAGGCGCAGACCCCUCGGCAUGUGCUGUCGCCCUGGCCCGCCGGCAUUGCCGGCCCCGUGUGAGUAGAGCGGGCGCGGCGCGGGCACAUGGGGUGCUAGCCCCGGGCACCCGCACCGAGCUGCAGGCCCCGCAGCGGCGGAACCGUGGAGAGACCGGGGUACCACAAACUGAUGGAUUUUGACAAGAAAGGGAAAGGGGAGACGGACGAGGGCCGGAAAAUGGCCAAGGCGACCUCUCGCGCAGGCCACAGCGUGCGGAGCGCGGGAGCUGGCUCAGGGGUCCUGAUGGUGGGCCCCAACUUCCGGGUCGGCAAGAAGAUAGGGUGCGGCAACUUCGGGGAACUCCGGCUGGGGAAAAAUCUCUAUACAAAUGAAUACGUAGCAAUCAAACUGGAGCCCAUCAAGUCCCGGGCGCCGCAGCUGCACCUGGAGUACCGCUUCUACAAGCAGCUCAGCACUGCAGAGGGCGUCCCCCAGGUGUACUACUUUGGGCCGUGCGGGAAGUACAACGCCAUGGUGCUGGAGCUGCUGGGGCCCAGCCUGGAGGAUCUGUUCGACCUGUGUGACCGAACCUUCACGCUCAAGACGGUUCUCAUGAUCGCCAUUCAGCUGAUCACCCGCAUGGAGUACGUGCACACCAAGAGCCUCAUCUACCGUGACGUGAAGCCCGAGAACUUCCUGGUGGGGCGGCCGGGCAGCAAGCGGCAGCACUCGGUGCACAUCAUUGACUUCGGCCUGGCCAAGGAGUACAUUGACCCCGAGACCAAGAAGCACAUCCCGUACCGCGAGCACAAGAGCCUGACUGGCACGGCACGCUACAUGAGCAUCAAUACACAUCUGGGCAAAGGUGAGUUGGGUUGGCUGGGUCCGGGAGGCAAGGUGUGCCCUGACAGCGCUGCCCGCACUGACCCACUGCCACCCGCAGAACAGAGCCGCCGCGACGAUUUGGAGGCACUGGGCCACAUGUUCAUGUACUUCCUCCGCGGCAGCCUGCCCUGGCAGGGGCUCAAGGCUGACACGCUCAAGGAGCGCUACCAGAAGAUUGGGGACACCAAGCGGGCCACACCUAUUGAGGUGCUGUGCGAGAGCUUCCCUGAGGAGAUGGCCACAUACCUGCGCUACGUGCGGCGCCUGGACUUCUUCGAGAAGCCGGACUAUGAUUACCUGCGCAAGCUCUUCACAGACCUCUUUGACCGCAGCGGCUUCGUGUUCGACUACGAGUACGACUGGGCUGGGAAGCCGCUGCCCACGCCCAUCGGCUCUACUCUCAGCGAGCAGCUCACGCAGUGCCAGGCACGGGAAAAGCCCCAGCUCUACUGCAAGAACCAGGCGCUGAACUCCACUAACGGGGAACUCAACACCGACGACCCCACUGCCGGCCACUCUAACGCCCCCAUCACUGCGCCUGCUGAGAUGGAGGUGGCGGAGGACACCAAGUGCUGCUGUUUCUUCAAGCGAAGAAAGAGGAAAUCGCUGCAGCGCCACAAGUGAGGUCGCCGGGUGCCCACAGCGCCGUGUGCACCUGCCAAGGGGUCUUGCCCCCACCCACCUGCCGGCCCCAGCCCAGGUGCCGCCUUUGUGUGCUCCCCCGGGAGCCGAGACUCUAGCGGGGUGGAGCGUGUCAGUGAGCACUAGCCUGGCCGCCCAUCUCUAUAUACAGCCGCUCCCUGCGUCCAAAGGCAAUUUCUCCAGGGCUGCCGUGGCAUGGGCGAGGCGGCCCCCAACCAAAAUGCUGCACCAAAGCCAGGCAGGCUGGGUGUGGCCCUGCUGCUCCAGACCAGGGUGGCCCUGGGGGCCCAGCACCAGCCAGCUGGGCCCAGCGGGGAGACAAGCGCCUUAAAGCCCAGCCCAGCCCCGCGGGCGGGCGCCUACCAGGCGGGCAGGGUUGCCGGGGCACAGCGCAGGGGGCCUGGUGGGCGCAGGAACGCGGUCCUGCUUUACCGAGUGUACAGAAAUGGCACUUCCUUCUCCAUGCUUCCUGGAAGCCAUAGAAUUUAGGGGCUUUUUUACAAAAUAAACAAAACGAAACCAA